CCCUUGGAAGCGGUGCCGUUUCGCUUUGGGAAGUGAGAGGGGAGGCGGCCCCGAGAGCGGGGCGGACAAAGGGGGCCGCGAGCCGGGCACCCGCCGCACCGCGGCCGAGGGGGUGGGAGCCGGGGACCCUCCGCGUAGGGAGCCACUCAGGGAGCCGGGCCUAGGGACCUGCUCAGAGGCCCAGGGGGCCCCUGCCUAGAGGACCCUCUGCCCAGGCCAGGGGGCCCGCUCGUGGGCCCAGCCCCCCCCUCCCAAGGCCCCCCUCCUUGGGGCUUUCCAGGCCCUGUAGCUUCCUGCCCAGGGGCCCUGUGAGGUCAAGUCCCCUCCCCCCACCACCCACCCCGGGGCCUGAUCCAAAGAGCUGCACCCCAUGAAGGAGGGAGAGAGCUAGAACGAGGGAGGAAAGGCAAAGUGGGGGAAGUGGCUGUGAAUGGUGGGAGGAGAAAGGCGAGCCACGGAAAGAGGAGAGAGGCCUAUAGAGGGGGGGUGACUGGGGUUUAAAGUUUGGGGGUUUUGGAGGAUUCCCCCCUCCCCUCUUGCAAGCACAGUGGAGAAGGAAUGCCAAAUCCAGAGAGACAUGGGGGCAAGAAGGAUGGAGGAGGAGGGGGGUCCUUGCAGCUGCAGACAUCCAGCAGUGGCAGUUCAAACAGCAAGGAGAGGCACCGGCUGGUCUCCAGACACAAGAGGCACAGGUCCAAGCACUCCAAAGAUUCGCCGCUGGUGGCUCAAGAGACGGCGGCACCACUGGGCGCAAUGAUCAAGCCACUGGUGGAGUACGAUGACAUCAGCUCCGACUCGGACACCUUCUCGGAUGAUGUGGCCCUCAAGCUGGAAAGAAGGGAGAAUGACGAGAGGAAAGGGAGUUCAGACAGGAGCGACAGGUUGCACAAGCACCGGCACCACCAGCACAAACGUGUUCGGGAGCUGAUCAGGAGUAAGCAGGUGGAAAAGGAGAAGAAGCUGGAAAAGAAUCAGGAGGUGUCCAGCAAGUCAGGGUCCACCAAGGACCGAGUGUCAGGGACUUCCAAGAGACUCAACGAGGAGAAUGAGGAACACUUUAAGUCACAGCCCUCAAGAAGCAGCAACAAAGAGUCCAGGUCAUCCAAAGCACACAAGGAGAAGUCCAGAAAAGAGCGGGAGCUGAAGUCUGGGCACAAAGACCGCAGUAAAAGCCAUCGGAAAAGGGACACCCUGAAAAGCUACAAAGCAACUGACAGUCCAAAACGGAAAUCAAGAAGUCCCCAUAGGAAAUGGGCUGACAGCCCCAAACAGGAUGACAGCCCCUCAGGAGCAUCCUACACGCAAGAAUAUGAUCUCAGCCCUCCACGGUCGCAUACAUCCAGCAACUAUGACUCCUACAAGAAGAGCCCCGGUGGCUCAUCGCGCAGGCAGUCGGUCAGCCCACCCUACAAGGAACCUGUAGCAUACCAGUCCAACACUCGGUCUCCUAGUCCUUACAGUAGGAGACAGAGGUCCGCCAGCCCAUACAACAGGAGGCGCUCCUCCAGUUAUGAGAGGGGAAGUGGGUCGUACAGUGGGAGAUCACCCAGCCCAUACAGCCGAAGGCGCUCGAGCAGUCCUUUUGUUGCCAAGCGGUCAGUGAGCCGAAGUCCAGUAGCCAGGAAGUCUGUGAAGUCCCGAAGUCGAAGUCCUGUAUAUUCAAGACACUCAUCAUCAUCUCACAGUAAAAAGCAGAGGUCCGGUUCACGUAGUCGCCAUUCCAGUAUAUCGCCUGCUAGGCUACCGUUGAACUCCAGCCUGGGAGCAGAGCUUAGCAGGAAAAAGAAAGAGCGAGCGGCAGCAGCGGCAGCAGCAGCAAAGGUGGAUGGGAAGGAGGCAAAGAACUCACCUGUUUUUCUGUCUAUAAAAGAGAACAGCUCAUCUGAGGUUAAGGAGACUGGGACAGAGUCUAAAAAAGUACCCAAAAUCAUUAAAUCUGAAAAAUCAGCUUCCGAUACGGAACUGGUUAAUUUAAUACACAUGAAUGCAGAGACUAAAACCUCUCUGGAGCCAAUAAAAACCAAGAUAGACGAGAACUCUGAGAAGAAGCCUGCAGCUCCAGUUAAAGACUCAAAAAUGAUGGGAACAAAAGACUUGAAGUCUGUAGUAGUGAAAGAGGAGAUUGCAACUCCAAAAGAGACAGAGACAACAGAGAAGGAGAACCCACCCCCACUGCCCUCAAUAAAAUCACCUCCUCCACCUCUACCAACAACGACACCGCCGCCUCAGACUCCCCCAUUGCCUCCUUUGCCUCCAUCACCAGCUGUUCCACCUCUACCGCUUUCCCAGCUGACUUCUGUUCAAGUCCCUACUUCAGUCCCAGCCUCUUUGCCAUCUUCUUCCCACUCAAGAACAUCUGCUUUGUCCACUCAGGCAAAUUCUCAGCCCUCUGUCCAGGUCUCUACAAAACCACAAGUGUCUGUGACGGCUGCUAUCCCACACCUGAAGACUUCAACGCUGCCUCCUCUCCCGCUCCCACCUAUUCUGCUUGGGGAAGAUGACUUGGAUAGUCCAAAGGAGAUUCUUCCUCCAAAACUUGUGAAGAAAGAGAGAGAGCAGAGACCACGACACUUGCUCAUGGACCUCCCGCUUCCUCCAGAGCUUCCUGGAGGGGAUCCAUCUCCCCCGGAGUCUCCAGAACCAAAGGCAGCCACACCACCUCAGCAACCAUUCAAAAAGAGACCAAAAAUCUGUUGUCCUCGUUACGGCGAGAGGAGACAGACAGAAAGCGACUGGGGGAAGCGCUGCGUGGAUAAAUUUGAUAUCAUUGGGAUUAUUGGAGAGGGAACAUAUGGGCAAGUGUACAAAGCCAAGGACAAGGAUACAGGUGAACUGGUGGCUUUAAAGAAAGUGCGAUUGGACAAUGAGAAGGAAGGCUUCCCCAUAACGGCCAUUCGCGAGAUUAAAAUCCUUCGGCAGUUGAUCCAUCGCAGCGUUGUUAACAUGAAGGAAAUUGUUACAGACAAACAAGAUGCACUGGACUUCAAGAAGGACAAAGGUGCCUUUUACCUUGUGUUUGAAUACAUGGACCAUGACCUCAUGGGGCUGCUAGAAUCCGGCUUGGUGCAUUUCUCAGAGGACCAUAUCAAGUCUUUCAUGAAACAGUUGAUGGAGGGGCUGGAUUAUUGUCACAAAAAGAACUUCCUUCAUCGAGACAUUAAGUGUUCCAACAUCUUAUUAAACAACAGUGGGCAGAUCAAACUUGCAGAUUUUGGACUUGCCCGACUGUACAGCUCUGAAGAGAGCCGUCCAUACACAAAUAAAGUCAUUACAUUAUGGUAUCGACCUCCAGAAUUGCUGCUAGGCGAGGAGCGUUACACACCAGCCAUAGACGUGUGGAGCUGUGGUUGUAUCCUCGGGGAACUGUUUACAAAGAAGCCUAUUUUUCAAGCCAAUCUGGAACUGGCUCAGCUUGAAUUAAUCAGCCGGCUCUGCGGGAGCCCCUGCCCAGCUGUGUGGCCGGACGUCAUCAAGCUGCCCUACUUCAACACUAUGAAACCGAAGAAGCAAUACCGAAGGCGCCUGCGGGAGGAGUUCUCUUUCAUUCCUUCAGCUGCUCUCGAUCUGCUGGACCACAUGCUGACGCUGGACCCUGGCAAACGUUGCACAGCAGAACAGGCCUUGCAGAGUGAUUUCCUUAAGGAUGUGGACCUCGGCAAGAUGGCUCCUCCAGACCUCCCUCACUGGCAGGAUUGCCACGAGCUAUGGAGCAAGAAACGCCGACGACAACGGCAAAGUGGGAUCACCGUGGAGGAACCUCCAUCAUCUAAAGUUUCUCGGAAAGAAACUACCUCCGUAACGAGCACCGACGCUGUGAAGAACAGCAGCAGCCCGGCACACCCACCACCUGCCCAGCUCAAGAUAGAGCCUGGUGCUGGAGAUGCAAUAGGCCUCGGAGACAUCACGCAGCAGCUGAAUCAAAGCGAACUGGCUGUUUUACUGAACUUGCUGCAGAGCCAGACGGAUCUCAGUGUCCCACAGAUGGCCCAGCUGUUGAACGUACACUCUAACCCAGAGAUGCAGCAGCAGCUGGAAGCGCUCAACCAGUCCAUCAGCGCUCUGACAGAAGUCACAACUCAGCAGCAGGACUCUCAGAAAGUGGCCCUGGAGGAAGCCAUCGAAGAAGAGCCACCCACAGAGGUCCAGCCGCCAGAGGAGCAGACAACCCCAGAAGCAGCUAGCACUCAGGGAGAUAUGCAGAACAUGCUGGCUGUUCUGCUGAGUCAGCUGAUGAAGACCCAGGAACCUGCUGUAAACCUGGAGGAAAGCAACGGGGAGAAGAGCAGUGAGCAACGUGGGCCAAGGAAAACCCCUACCACGCAGCAGGAGGAAAGCACAGCAUGUCCUCCUCGCAUUCUCCCACCAGAGAAGAGACCCCCUGAGCCCCCUGGACCACCACCACCACCGCCACCUCCUCUGUCUGAAGGAGAUCUCUCCAGUGCAGCACAGGACUUGAACCCAGCCGUGACGGCCGCCCUGCUGCAGCUUUUUUCUCAGCAAGAGGCGGAGCCGCUAAGCCACUCGACGUCCGAUCACCAAGCCUUGAGAUCUGCGGAUUACGUCAGAUCGCAGCCGUCCAGGACUUACGGCACGGAGGGGUCGGAGGGGGGAUUCACUGCUGACGAGCGGAGUGCUGGCCAAACUUUAACAGAACCCUCUGCCCAGACUCUGGGGAAAAGCAGGACCUUUUUGGGCUCCGUGAGCCACCAUGGGGAGGCGAGCAAUUACCAGGGCACAGGAUCUGUUCAGUUUCCAGGGGACCAGGACCUCCGUUUCACCAGAGUCCCCUUAGCGUUACAUUCGGUUAUUGGGCAGUCCUUUGUAAAAGCUGAGGGGAGCAACAACACACUGGUACACCCAGAGGCCAAAAUUCAAAACUACAGCGAGCUGGGGCCAGGGACUGCUGGCUCCAGUGGGACAGGAACGGGUCACAACUGGGGCGUUUAUGGAAAGGCCUAUCGUGGGCCUACUAGAGUGCCUCCAAGAGGGGGAAGGGGGAGAGGGGUUCCUUAUUAAGAGACUUGAGUUUUGUGAUGAUCUCCUUCCCUCCCUUGCCUCUCAACCUUUAGUGAAAUGAUUUUUUUUUUAAUUUUAUUUUUUUGCCAGAGCGAGGUAUUGUCUGCGUUUCGGCUACUGCAAAGCUCAAUGUUGUAUUCCUUGCUCGCUAGGCCGCUAGCUGGUGCCCUCCAAAAUACUGUAAGAGUCCUGACUGGGCAUUUUGCUAGCCAAACUUCUCACUUGGUUAGUGACAAUAACGGUGAGUUUUCUGCCUUAGGUUGCAGAUGGUGGGGAAUCGUUUAAAAAAGGAGGAAAAAAUGGAAAAAGGAAAUAAAAAUGUUUUACUUGCCUGGCACUCGGGCUUCUCAGAAAGAGAACCACCUCGGUGUUCAGGUAGGACUCAGAGAGGGUCCGUUUCCCAAGGCAAAUCUUUUUUUUUCAGUCUUUUUAGUUAAAGUAUUCAUGGAAUGGUGCCUAGAUCACCUAGACUGAACUUGGAGAACCAGGAUAUGGCACUGGUUUGUAUUACAAAUUUUUAUUUAGCAUCCCUUCUUUCCACUAAGUUGCUGGACACCCCGUCACUCCCCUCUUUCUUUUCAGGUCAGAUCGUCUCUCAAAGUUUUACACUUGGGGAUCACAAGCUCAGUCUCCCUCCCUCCCAGAUCCUAGAUUGUGUGUUUUGAUGGCAGCCUUAGUGCACUGGCUUUUGAAAGGGCUCUUUGGGGUUUUUUUUUAAUUAUUAUUAUUAUUCCUCCAUAAAUUUGCAGUGGAAAUGGUCUUUUUAGAAGCUCAAGAGCCUAAGAGAACUCCUAACUUUAAAA